UCCUUCUGACCAGUCUUUAUUUUAGUAAUGCUAUCUGAAAGAAUUUUGUGAGAGCAUCUGGUCAGAAAUUCUUUCUCACUAACCUGUUGGAAACGAUUGGGAACUGUGUAAGUUAAAACAUUUAAAUGAGCAGAGAUUUCAACUUAGUGAAGUUCUCACGAGUCAAGUUGAAUAUAUGGAGCUUUGAAGUUGACCUGCGAAGUGAAAAUAGAAUACCUAAAUUUAUGUCCGUUUGGCCUUUCCAAACAUUACUUCUUUUGGCCGUUUCAAAGUUACGCUACGGUGUUUACGAAACGAAGAAUAGAGUUGCCAAGCAGUGUACAGAACACCGCAUAUCCUUUAGGUCCCAUUCUCUUGAGUUUCACAAAACAACUUUCAGUUAUGGGAAUGGUUUCUACCUUGUUCCUUAGUUGUUCUUCCGAUAAAUUUCGCCGUAUUUAC